GACAACGGGACUUAAGGACUUUGAUCUCCGUACUAAGCCGUAUCUCCUCCUCCACAUCGAUCAUCAUGCUCAGCGUACAUUCUACUUCAGUAGAGCUGGAGGGUGUACCUACGGAAAUCGUGGUACAAGGAUUUGCAGAUUGUAUCCUCGUACUUGUUACGCAAGUGGGCAAAGUUGGCAACUUGAUUCAAGCAUCCAUGCCGUUGACGAUACCGCUAGAUCUGGAUUCGACUAAUACUACACUCCCUGCGCCCCCUGCGGCCAUUCAACUUACACCACUACUUGGCGGGGCUCCCUCUGAGCAUCUGCAUACGCUGCAUUCAUUGUAUGCUUCACAGAUUGCCACUAUUAUCUGGGUCUCAGAAGCAAAGAAGAUGGAUAUAAAGCGAAGAAAUGUUGUAGUUGGAAUCGCGCUUCAUAGAGAUGCUGAUGCUGAUGAAAGAAAGACAUUCCUUGGAGUAAUGGAUCAUCUUUACCAACUAGUGAAAUAAUAUCUUUCAUUUUUGGAAUAUAUUAGGGUUAGGGUUAGAACUAAUAAAAGUCGAAAAAAAAGAUGGCCUGCUUAGCCAGAGUGGCCGUAGCAGGACUGGAAAAUAUUGAGACGGUGCAUGAG